CGGAUAUGAAUAAAAUCUCAGGGUUUAAACAUUGGAAAUCCACUCACUGUCUUAAGACCUAAUCUUGUAAUCUUAUCUUUAUGAGAACGAGGCAGAUUAUGACAUGGAAUAAUGUUUGAUAACACUGAUGGUGUGGUAGUGUUUUGGUUUAUCAGUGUCUGUUUGUUUGGAUGUAGUCAACAAUCACAAUUUCAAAAACUUCCAGUGAUGCAUAAAGAGUUUAAUGUGAGUUCUGUGGUUAACCUGGAAUUUCAGAGUCAAGAUCAACAAAUAGACUCAAGGUCAGAUGAGUUUAAGAAGAUAGUGGGGACAAAACUGUUUGUUGAUAAGACUUUACUGAUUAGAGAGAUAUUUUGUUAUAACUCACUGAUAAUAGCAGCACCGAGAUAUUUUGGUAAAACUCUGAAUAUCAACAUGAUUAGGUUGUUUUUAGACAAAAACCAAAAUAGAAGUGAAGUGAAACGUGUUUUUCAAGGCACAAAAGUGUGGUCGCAUCAUAAUUUUAUCAGUAAGCAUUUUUGUUCCUAUCCUCUCAUAUUUUGCAGUUUUCGCGCAAUAACCGAAGUUUUAUGUUUAAAAACAAUGGUGAAUACUUUCCGAAGAAUUUUGUUGGAACUAUUUUACAAAAACUUUUACCUGAACCACAGCAAUAAAUUAAAUGAGGAGCAGAAAAGUACUUUUCGUCGGUACAUAAAACAGCAUAGAGAUCUCAGUACAGAUGAGGUUGCAAAGGGUAUAAGGGUUUUGGCUAAUUUUAUGUGCUUACAUUAUGGAAAGAAAGUUACUAUUUUGAUUGAUGAUUAUGAUGAUAUUGUGUUACAAAAUGUAUUUGAUCAACAUUACAAACCUAGAACAAAAGAAAACGAGCAAAUACAAAUUACUAAGGAUAUUUUUGGUUUCCUUACAAAUGUUCUUGCCCACAUUUUGCAAGACAGUUAUCACAUAGAAAGAAUUAUCAUGACUGGAAUAAUGAAUUUGGAAGUUGGUAACAAAUAUGAUGUCAGCCUGAAAAAUGUUGCAUUCAUGCAAAACAACAGGUUUGGAAAAUAUUUCGGUUUUACAGAAGAAGAAGUGGUGGAGCUUAUCUUCAAAUUUGGUUUGGAUCGUGAUGAAAGGUUGGAAUUGACGGAGUGGUUUGAUGGUUAUUUUUCUGCAGACAGAAAAACAAAAGUAUACAACACGUUGUCUAUUUCUGAAUUUAUCAUGUCAAGGAUAGGUUCAGGUUUUUGGACUGAAACAAAACCAUUCAGAACUUUGGGUAUUCUACCUUUAUUGGACAAUCCUAACAUUUUGGAUAAGCUGGUAUUAUUGUCAAAUAAGUCAGAAAUUACCAUUUACAUGAAAGAGGCUUUUACUGUAGAAGAUGUUAUAGUUUUGAAGAGAACUGCAGAGAACUGGUGGGAUGAAAAAACCAACACUGAUUUAUUUUUUCAACUUCUUGUCCAAAUGGGAUACUUAACCUACAGCUAUUGGGAUUUAAAACGUGUUGAAGAUAAGAUAGCAUUGAAAAUACCAAAUGAAGAGAUUCGGAAGGAGUUUGUAUCAUUUUUGCAUGAAUACUUUGACCUAAAAGCAAUUAAGAGACCUGAUAUAUUAGAGGAAUAAAUGUUUGAUUUAUUUUGUUA